AUGAGUAAAGUGGACUUCUUGAGCAGUGGUUUCGUGCCUACUAUAAGUGACAGUGAGGAUGAUGUGCCCAACCUAGAUCAAUCUGAUGAAGAGACCGAGAAAGUAGUAAUUGAGAUUGAAAGCAACAAGAAGAAGAAUAAGAAGAAGAAGUCGAAACAAGUGGAGACCGGCGAAGCAGUCGAUGGGGACUUGAAUCCAAAUUUUAAUUUUAAUGUUGAAGGUGAUGAUGUUUCGAAAUUCCAGGGCUGGGACUUCUUCGGUGACGAUCAGAAGGGCGAAUCUAUUAAGAAAGAUGUUGACCUGAACGGUAUAAUCAGAAGGAAAGGUGGCUUGAUAAAUAUGGCUCAUAUUGAGGGUGAGAGUGAAGAAGAAGAGGGGGGAGAAGAUGACGAUGACGUGGAGGAGGAAAAAGAAGAAGACGAUGACGAGCUGGCUUUGGAUGGGUUCGGUAUGGGCUCGACCAAGAAGGAAGAAGAAAACGAGACGUCAGAGGAAGAGAAUGACCAAGAGCAAGAAGAAGAAGAAGCCGAUGUUGAGCCUAUUAGUAUACCGGACAACGGUGAAGAACACUCUGAAGAUGAAGACUCCCCCGAAGAGAUGGCGAAGUUUUACGCUCCAGAGGCAGAAAGUGAACAGGCCACAAAACAAGUUCAUAAUGAUUUCAAUUCAUUAUCACUAUCAAGACCUGUUCUUAAAGGUCUCGGCGACCUGGGGUACACCAGACCUUCUCCAAUUCAGAGUGCUACAAUUCCUAUCGCCUUGCUUGGUAAAGAUAUCAUUGCGGGUGCCGUUACAGGUUCGGGUAAGACAGCUGCCUUCAUGAUUCCAAUUAUUGAACGUUUGCUUUACAAACCUGCAAAGAUUGCUUCGACUAGAGUCAUCGUGCUAACUCCAACUCGUGAAUUAGCCAUUCAAGUGUCUGAUGUUGCGAAAAAACUUGGAAAAUAUGUAAGUGGUCUGACUUUCGGUUUAGCGGUCGGUGGUUUGAAUCUAAGGCAGCAGGAACAGUCGUUGAAGGCAAGACCAGAUAUUGUUGUAGCUACACCGGGUAGAUUCAUUGAUCAUAUCAGAAACUCGGCAAGUUUCAAUGUCGACUCAGUUGAAGUUCUUGUCAUUGAUGAAGCUGACAGAAUGCUAGAGGAAGGUUUCCAAGAAGAGUUGAAUGAAAUCUUGUCUUUGUUGCCUAGCAAAAGACAGACGUUACUAUUCUCGGCUACCAUGAACUCCAAGAUAAAACAAUUGGUCUCUCUAACCUUGAAAAGACCCGUCAGAGUAAUGAUCGAUCCACCAAAGCAAGCAGCGUCAAAAUUGACGCAAGAAUUUGUUCGUAUUCGUAAGAGAGAUCAUCUGAAGCCAUCAGUACUGUUCCACCUAAUCAAGAAGUUGGAUGGUACUGGACAGAAAAGAAUGGUCGUCUUCGUCGCCAGAAAAGAGAUGGCACAUAGACUGAGAAUUAUCCUCGGUUUACUCGGGAUAAGUGUCGGCGAAUUGCAUGGUUCAUUGUCUCAAGAACAACGUUUACAAUCGGUGAAUCAAUUUAAGUCAUUGGAAGUUCCUAUUUUAGUUUGUACUGAUUUGGCAUCGAGAGGUUUGGAUAUUCCAAAGAUUGAAGUUGUCAUCAACUAUGAUAUGCCAAAGAAUUACGAAGUUUAUUUGCAUAGAGUCGGUCGUACCGCCAGAGCAGGAAGGGAAGGUCGUUCCGUUUCACUCGUUGGAGAGUCAUCUCAAGAUAGAAGUGUGGUAAGAAGUGCUAUCAAGAGCGUCGAAGAGAGUUCAGAGGGUCAAACUGCCGCAGUUCGAAAUAUUGACUGGAACAAUGUCGAAGAAAUUAACAAACUUGUUGUAUCAAUGGAGGGAACUAUAGAUGAAAUUUUGGAAGAGGAAAAGGGUGAAAAAGAGAUUCUCAGAGCUGAAAUGGAACUUCGCAAGGGUGAGAAUUUACUCAAACACAAAGCCGAGAUCGAAGCAAGACCAAAGAGGACUUGGUUCAACAGCGAGGCUGAAAAGAAAAAUGCCAAGAUGUUCGGAGCUUUAGCCAAGAACAAAAAGACCGUUAACAGUAAAAAACGUAAGAGAAUGGAAGCAGCUGAGGAUUCCUCUCGUAGUUACAAGAAAACUCAGAAGAACCGUACAGCAGAUCAAGAAAGAGCAUACAAGAAACAAAAUAGAACUCCUGGUAAAAAAAUUCGAAGAAGGGAAAGGGUAGGAAGUAAGCUCCACUAA